GCUUAGACAUUUAAAGGUUAUUAGCGUGAAUAUUGUAAAAUUCUUGUUAUAAUUUUUUUCUUCGGAGCAUGUGUAUGAAAGAUUGGUUGAAAAUCAUUUUAUUGAAGUCGAAAGUGGAUGAAUAAAAAUAAAACGUGACGAAUCUAAUUAUUAUUGUCUAUUUGUCAUUCUUAUAUUCCCAAAUGUCUAAGUUCAAUCAUUUGUGGAAUUACUUACUAAAUUAUGAAGAUAACAUCAUCAAAGAGAACUCAGAGAAUUGAAAACAAGAAGAAAAAAAUGGCAGCAUUAUGGGAAAUCUCGCAAUUGAAUGAAUAUGAUCGUGCUCUCAAAAAGAAACAAAAAUUGGAAGCUGUAGUUACUGAAAUCAAUUCGAUUGAUAUAGAGGUUGAGCCAAAACCAAAACGUUUGAGGACAGAAUUAGAAAAUAUUGAAGAAAAUAUUGAAAAACCGCCACUGAUUGGAUCUUCUGGUAAAGUGAAACUAUCAGGUGAAGAGUUCAUUGCGUUAAAAAAGAGAUUGAGAGAACAAACAUCAAAAAUGAGGCAACAUCCCACUUUUCGUUUACGAGAAAUUGGAGAUAAUGCUUCUCUAAAAACUGACACUGAAAACAGAAUACCAUUAUUCUUAUCUGAUGUGCAGCAUUUAAUACUUUACUCACAAAUUGGAGUACAUGCUCCUUAUUCCCCUGCAAGAUGGUGUUGUUUGGAAAAAUACAACAGGCUCUUGAAUACCAAUAUCUUUGUUAUUGAAAAUCUCUCCAUGUAUCAUUUCAGUUCUUAUGAAAGUAGCUUUCAAUUCCUGUCUUCUAAAUUUCAACAUAAAUUGGAAGUUUUGUCCCCAUUCUCCUAUAGAGGAGACAUUGUUAAAGAAAUAUCCAUGGUACCAAUUACAAUUUUUACAGGUACUCAAAUGAAAAAAUUCAUUAAUGAAUAUGGUAAUUUAGAAUCUGCUGUAAUGAAAAGUGAGGAUUUAUUCGAUACGGUGAGAAAUUUAUUCCCCAUUGAAGAGGACUUGUCCAAUUCCGAAAACUAUGACAAAGAACUUCCCCCUACAGACAAGUUCCCAAGAACACAAUUACUCUUAUCUGGUUGGGAACUUGUAGAAGAAAACUUUCCCCUCCCGAUAAAAGGUUUAAUGGAGAAUAAAUAUGAUGGCUAUGUUUUGACCAAAGAUAAGUAUUCAGAGGUUACUCCCUUAAGUCCAAUGUUUGGUAUCGAUUGUGAAAUGUGCAAGACAUCAUCAGGCGACUUAGAACUCACCCGAAUAUCCAUAGUUGAUGAAAAAUUGAAUGUUUUCUAUGAAACUUUAGUAAAACCCCACAAUAAAAUAGUUGACUACCUAACAAGGUAUUCCGGUAUAACGCCAAAGCUCAUGAAGAAUGUUACCACACGUCUCAAAGAUGUUCAAGAUGCAUUAAGGAAAAUACUGCCUGCUAAUGCCAUUCUAGUGGGUCAGUCACUGAGCAAUGAUUUACAUGCACUAAAAAUGAUGCAUCCUUAUAUCAUUGAUACCAGCAUUAUAUUCAACAUAACUGGUGAUCGAACACGAAAAACAAGAUUGCAAACUUUAGCAAGAGAGUUUUUAUCUGAAAAGAUUCAGGAGAGUCGAAAAGGGCAUUGCUCAACUGAAGACAGCAGUGCAAGUUUAAAACUAGCACAACUGAAAUUAACAAAAUCAAUUACAUUUGGGGAUGCUGUUUUGGGUGGUAUAGAGAAUGAGUUCCGUUGUUAUCCAGAACUAGGAAAUCGCAACUAUGCCACAAGUAUGUUGAAGCAAGUGACACGAAUGGAAAAAUCUGCAUCUCUCACAGCUUUAGAAGAUAUAUGUGCCAAAUAUAAAUAUUAUGUGGAUAAGGGUUCAGAGGCUAAGUCAGAUUCUAAAAUAAAAUUUUUCUCCGAAAGUUCAAACAAGGAUGUCGUUAAAAAAUUCUGUGGAGCAGUUCUACAACAAUCACUGAAUAUUGCUCAUAUUAGGAUACCAGAAACUCAAUUAGAUACAAAGAAUGCGACACAAACUAUUAAAACAGUAGAUCAAUGGAUUCAGGAUAUUUAUAAUCAUACAGCAGCUCCUGGUUUAUGCAUUGUGAUAUUUGGAGGUCAAAAAGAUGGAGGUAAUGCUUGUUGUUUCAUUCAAGUGCGAGGUAACUGUUGAGUGUUGAAACCAUUGUAUAAUAUUUAAAUUGUAAUGAAGAAUUAUGUUACACAAUUAAAUUAAUUUUUGUAUGUUAAUAGAAUUUUCCUUUUUUGUAUCUAUAUUAAAUAUUAGGUUGAGUUAGUUGCUCACAUCAACAUUGAUAUUAUUCUGUAUUAUCAUCUCAAUUGAAUCUUGGAACUCUUAAUAUCAAUCACAUACUGUUGGUGACCUAGUUUUUGAAAUUAAACAGUGAUAUAAAAAUGUAAAUCAUAUUGAUUUAAUGACUUCUUUAAUAAAGUUUUUCUUGUAUCUUC